GUUUCGAGCCUACACACGUAUAUAAGCCAUCGAGCGUGUCGGCUUCGAUCUCGUUCGUUCCCUCCGCCGCACGCUCCUCGGGAUUUCGAGGACCCUCUCGGCUCCUCCUCCCUCCUCCGCACCCCCAACCGCGGCUUCGCCCAAAAGCGCUUCUUCUCGGAGCUUCUUCUCGGAGCACCCCCUCUUCCAUGGCGGCGCAUAGCCAAGCGAGCCUCCUCCUCCACAAGCAGCUCAAAGAUCUCUCGAAGAACCCCGUCGAUGGUUUCUCCGCUGGCCUCGUCGACGACUCCAACAUCUUCGAGUGGAGCGUUACCAUCAUCGGGCCCCCCGACACGCUCUAUGAAGGAGGCUAUUUUAAUGCCAUUAUGAGCUUUCCGAAAAAUUAUCCUAAUAGCCCACCUACUGUACGGUUUACUUCAGAGAUGUGGCACCCUAAUGUUUAUCCUGAUGGGCGAGUUUGCAUAUCUAUUCUUCAUGCACCCGGGGAAGAUCCAAAUGGCUAUGAGCUUGCAAGUGAGCGUUGGACACCGGUCCAUACGGUAGAGAGUAUUGUUUUGAGUAUUAUUUCGAUGCUUUCAAGUCCCAAUGAUGAAUCUCCUGCAAAUGUCGAAGCAGCUAAGGAAUGGAGGGAGAGAAGGGAUGAGUUCAAGAAGAAAGUGAGCCGCAUCGUCCGACGAUCGCAGGAGAUGCUUUAGAAGAAGGCUUUUGGGUGAGAGAAGCUCGAUGGAUAUCUGGUGUGAACUCCGCUUUUCAUGUAGAAGCUAUAAUUAUCACGGAGGGGGGGCGGUGGGGAAUCUUUUAUAGCAUGCUUCGCUAGUGAAUUACCCACUUCCAAGCAGAUUUCUCUCAUAGUACAUUUUGUCGAAGUGAUGAUGGUCGGUUUUCGUCAAAAUGUUGGAUUUAGCUUUUCACUCUUGAGGACCCACGCGUCUAUGUGAAACUUUUCUCAAUUUACUGCAUUGGGCAAAUGUUUCAGAGGGCCUCAAUCAACUCUUUUUUUUACCGCAUGCUCUUUCUCUCUCUCUCUCUCUCUCUCUCAGUUAAUUUAUAAAUUUGUUUGAUAACCCUAAGCGGGACUUGGAUCCUAAUCUAGCAGGAGCAGGAUAAGUAGUUCUCUUCUCUUAAUCUUAUUUGUUGUAUUAUGGAUACCAGCAUUAACUUAAAUUCCUUAUUAGCGUUAAAUUUCUUUCUCGGGUUA